AAGUGUGGGGUUCAGCGAAUCGAUCGAGAGCUCAUACCAAGUGCCUUCAAAAGCCCGGCCCAGAUCUGUCGAACAAUCGAAGUUCCCCUAUAUACUUUCUUCCCAAAACCCUAACCCUAGAUUUCUUUAUAUCUACGUCAGUUGCAGACGAACUCUUAGCGGCCGAAGCUCUCUCUAGCAAUCAGCCAUGGGUAAGGUGCACGGAUCUCUGGCUCGGGCUGGAAAAGUGAGAGGCCAAACUCCCAAAGUGGCCAAGCAGGACAAGAAGAAGAAACCCCGUGGACGCGCCCACAAGCGCAUGCAAUACAAUCGCCGAUUCGUCACCGCCGUGGUUGGAUUCGGCAAGAAGAGGGGACCCAACUCGUCGGAGAAGUGAUGCAAUUCUUUGAGAGGAUGAGGAGCUCUUUAGGUUAAAGAUUUUUUUUUUUUUUUUUUCCUUUCAUCUUUUGGUGGAUGAAUUUAAUUCUGGUGUUGUCUGCUGGAUUGUCAUUAUGUUGGGAUUUCUCUUAUAUGGUGGUUAAUUAACCUGGAGAUGAUAUUGUUUUA